CGGCGGCUGGGCUGGGCUGGGCUGGGCUGGGCUGGGCCGGGCCGGCAGCGGCGGCGGGCGCGGGGCUGGCGGGAGCGGCUGCCCGGCGCGGUGCCCCGGCCCGGGGUGAGCAUGGUGCCCUAGUGCUGGGGCUAUGUCGGAGGCGGCCCGGAGCCUCCUGCAGCGCUGGGGCGCCAGCUUCAGGAAAGGCACCGACUUCGACUCCUGGGGGCAGCUGGUGGAGGCGAUCGACGAGUACCAGAUAUUAGCAAGACAUCUACAAAAAGAGGCACAGUCUCAGCACAACAACUCGGAAUUCACAGAAGAUCAAAAGAAAACCAUAGCUAAAAUUGCAACAUGCUUGGAACUGAGAAGUGCAGCUUUACAGUCCACCCAAUCACAGGAUGAAUUUAAGCUUGAGGAUCUGAAGAAGUUGGAACCAAUCUUAAAGAAUAUCCUCACUUACAACAAGGAGUUUCCCUUUGAUGUUCAGCCUGUCCCACUCAGGAAGAUUUUAGCACCUGGAGAAGAGGAACACUUGGAGUUUGAGGAGGAUGAUGAGGAAGGAGGAGCUGGAGCAGGGUCUCCAGACUCUUUUCCUGCUAGAGUUCCAGGAGCCAAUGAAGGUACUUUAUUACCCAGAUUGCCAUCUGAACCCGGGAUGACAUUACUCACCAUCAACAUAGAGAAAAUUGGUCUGAAAGAUGCUGGGCAGUGCAUUGAUCCUUACAUCACAGUCAGUGUAAAGGAUUUGAAUGGGAUCGAUCUGACUCCUGUGCAAGACACUCCUGUGGCUUUGAGGAAGGAGGACACGUAUGUCCAUUUUAAUGUGGACAUCGAGAUUCAGAAACACGUUGAAAAACUAACAAAAGGUGCAGCUAUUUUCUUUGAAUUCAAACACUACAAGCCUAAGAAAAGGUUUACUAGCACCAAGUGCUUUGCUUUCAUGGAGAUGGAUGAAAUUAAACCUGGGGCAAUUGUUAUAGAACUGUACAAAAAACCCACUGACUUUAAAAGGAAGAAAUUGCAACUCUUGACCAAGAAACCACUUUACCUUCACCUCCAUCAAACGUUGCACAAGGAAUGACCCUAGUUGUGAGACUUCUGUGAACUGAACCGCGAUUCCUGGUAGCUGUGUCUAGUAGCCUUAACCUUCCAGGGGCCGGAAAACGACCGAAUUCACGCCAGUGGGUCAGAUGGGACCAUCACACGCCGCACAGCACCACGCCAGGGUCAGAGGCGAGGCUACCAUUCCAGUGCAAGAUUCUUUUUUGGUUUUUUUAGUACCUUCCAGAUAGAAGUUUUUCUGAGAGCCCUGAAAUACCGUUGGCUGCUUUUCCUCAUUUUACUGUUCAUCACUUUUUUUUCUUUUUUAAUCUUAACAGUUAUUAUCCUUUUGCCUCAAACUCCACCCAAGGAUGGAGACUGCCCCUUUGCCAAACCUGUAGCAAUAAAGAUGUGGCAGGCCUACUAACUGUUUACACGUGCUGUGCUAUUGUAGUUCCUCUCAUCUGCAUUUCAGAGUCCUCUGUGGCGGGCUGGGUGGCAGAGGAACAGGGAAGGACCAGGUGGGGCGGGAAGGAGCUGGACGUCCUGUAAGUGAUUUCAGGUGGGAGAGAGGAGGAUGCUGGGUGGAGUGGGGUGGCCACAGGAGAGCUCCUCAGGCAGCUGUUCUGCUGUGGUGUGGCCAGGAGGAGGACAACUGCAGAUGAGAACACCGAACUAUGAUUUUAACAGCAUUGCCUGAUCCACUGGCACUGAGUUUUGGUACAAAACACGUUACAGUCUUUUAAAUCGCCAUUAUUCCCUAAUAGAGCUGGUUUUUUUCUGUAUCUUGUCACAGAGUGAUUUGCAGAGGUGGGUGAGGGACAGAAAGGGCUUUUCUCCAGGGCUUCAGCCUCGUGGUGGUGGGUGUUUUGCCAUUUCAGGCCCCUCAGUGGUCCAGUGUCAGCUUUCCAGAGGUUUUGCUGAAGCACAUCUGGCUAGCAGGUUGCCCCACCUUUUACAUGAAACUGCUGUUCUUAUGGAAACUGAUCGUAUGCAGUUUUCUGCAUAUUUUAUGCAAGUCUGGAAACUUACUCUAAAAAUUACCUUUUUAUGUACGUAGAUAGGAUUAUCAUUUAUUUUCUAUAUUUUUUUUGAUUUGGUGUGUAAUAAGCUGCAGGACAUUGGCUUAUUAUGACACACUUGCAUUCACCUUUUGACCUAAUAAAGGGACAGAAGUAGAACCCAGUCAAAUCUUUCAUAUAUUUUGUGUGGAUAUUUAAUACGAUACUUUAAAGUUUGAUAUACUUCUCGCGUAUCUAACUAGUGUCUAAAUAUUCUGCUAUGCUAACAGAAAACCCAGCUCCCAAAACAGUGUCCAAUAUUAGGUUUAUUUUCAACAGUCUGGAUGCAAAUGUAUUGCUGGUUCCUCCUUUCUAUCAUGUAACCCCAAGAUGUUACGUUAUGCUUUAAGGGAAGUGAUGUUACUUUUCCUCCUGUUAUUUGUCUGCCCACAGACAGGUGUUCUGCAUUUUUGGCUUUACCAUACCGAGUAGGAUGAGAAGCUGGUUUUGGAAUACCUUCAUUUUCUUGCCUUCUCUUUCUUCUGGUACAACUGGGGAUGACACUAUUUAGGUAUUACAAUAAAAGUCAGCAGCACUUCCUUAAAUUUCCACUACUGGUUGGUGGAUAGAAAAACAGAAGUGCAAUUGGAUUUUCCUGUUCAUGGGUCUUUACAAUACCUCAGUGGCAUUACAUCUGAUACAUUGAACAGCAAGCCCUGAAAACAUACCCUGAUGAGUUAUGGAAUUCUCUCUGAAUGCAGCAUUCAGGAGACCAGAUGAAAGGGGGACACAUGAAUUUUUAAUAAUUAAAAAUCAUCCUUUAAAGUCUGCAAAAGGAUGGAGCAAAGCAAAUACAGCUGAGCUAGUGCUGUAGCUGUGUUACCUGCCUGGGGUGGCUCAGGGCUCUCUGACCUCUGAAGAAUCUGUCCUGCUCAGCAAGGGGCGAUUCUGGGGCUCUGUCCCAGCUCUGCCACCCUCCCCGCCCCUCCCUGCCGGUGUCACUCUGGGCCUGGUGACGCUGCCGUAGUCAGUGGGUUGUCUGCUCCCCUGUAAUUCCGGAAGGCAAAGGCACCCGGCUGGCAGUAGUUCAGGCUCAGGGGAGGGCGCACAGAGCAGCACAAAGCUUGGUGCAGGGGAAGGAAAGAUCCCGAGUGUGGAGAACCCGACUUUCAAAUACAAAUGUUCAUUAGUGUGUGUCAUUAGGCACUAGCAAAGGGAACCUUCACUUGAAUCGCAAACCCCUUCUUUCUGCUGUUUGUUUCCUUGGCUCUUCCCCUGCCUGUAGUUGUCUGUAUCAACUCCAGUUAUAUGAAAUGUCAGCUUUGAAGUAUUUUUGUUAAAUACACAAGUAGACCUUUGUAUUUAACUAAUUGUGAAUUAAUGUCUGUAGAGUGUGAAAUACCAUUUUUAAAGUUAUUUCUAUCCUUUGUGUUUUUUCUGUGAACUGUCUUUCACUGAAAGGACUACUGCUCCCCGCACCACAAGCUCCUGUAUUGUUUUAUGCUUUAGUGAUGUUCUAUCUUGUCUUUAAUCUUAAACCUAAAGCUUAAUACUUGUACUGUAAGAAUGUAACACCUAGAUGGCAAGUUUAAUGACUGCUUGUACUCUGGCAGUAAAGCUGUAAUGGCCUUUCAGUAGGGUUUUAUUAUG